AUGGUCAUGAAGGGAAAAAACUGUGUGGCCAUCGCUGCAGACAGGCUGACUACCGAUGUCCAGACAGUUGCCCAGCGCCUCGAGUUCUGGCUGAACCUGUAUGAGCUGAAGGAAGGUCGACAGAUCAAGCCCUUCGCCCUCAUGAGCAUGGUGGCCAACCUCCUGCAUGAGAAACUGUUUGGUCACUACUGUACAGAGCCUGUCAUUGCUGGGUUGGACCCGGAGAUCUGUAAGCCCUUCAUUUGCUCUCUAGACCUCAUCAGCUGCCCCAUGGUGACUGAUGACUUUGUAGUCAGUGGUACCUGCUCUGAACAAAUGUAUGGGAUGUGCAAGUCUCUCUGGGAGCCCAACAUGGACCCAGACAACCUGUUUGAAACCAUUUCCCAAGUCAUGCUGAACCCUGUAGACCAGGAUGCUGUAUCGGGCGUGGGCAUCAUUUUCCACAUCAUUGAAAAAGACAAGAGCACCACCAGGACACUGAAAACCUGGAUGGACUAACCCUAUACUCUGAUCCUAGUUUCCUUCUGUUGUUUUUCUUUUUAAUAAAAUUGCUUUUCUUUAAAAAAAAAAAUCCCCUA